GUUGCAGACGACACACCAUUCUUUGUAAAUCGGGAUCUAUAUUUGAGGUUUUAGGCUGUUAGUGUCGAAAUAUAGCAACUAUUUUUUGAAAUGGAAAACCCCUCAACACGUUCCGAUUUGGAACUAUUUACUCGAAACUUGACUUGGGACAGUCGUACAACUAUUUCGAAACUCUACAGCCCCACAUUUUUCGGAGCAUUGGGUUUUGGGAUUGCGGUAAUCACGAAUUAUUUCCAAAGAAGGCCAGUCAUGAGUGGUAUCCAACGCCAUAUUGCUUUUAUUGCUAUCGGUGUACCAGUUGGACUAUAUGCAGACCAAAUGUUGGAGAACCGUAACGCCAAACGCGACGCCAUAUUGGUUCAUUACCUGCGAAGCCAUCCGGAUGAUUUUCCUGAAACUGAGAGGGUCAAGUAUAAAGACGUUCUGGAAAAAUGGCUUCCUAGACGUUAGCUGAGGUGUUCGGCUGUGACGUUUAGUAGUGUUCAAAGUGUAUUUACUAUCUUGCACAUGCAGCAAUACAUAAUGUUUGCAUGUU